GGAGAGGAAAGUAGACAGAAAAUCUGAUCACAAUGGAUUACAUCAAGCCAGCAUUUGACAUUCUGUUCGAACAAGUGAGAAAAUCAGGCAGUUUUUACAUGACCUUCUUUGCUCUUUUUCUGUACCACAUUAUGUUUGAUGACCACUUAAAAUGCUCUUGUGAAGAUGGUGUUAAAACAGUGGUUACCCCUCAACACUGUAUCUACUACAUGGUGUUUCCAGCUGUGAUCUUGAUUUUCUUGACUCUCUGGAUGGACAGAGAGUUUCAACGAGUCUUGAGAAUGACAUGCAGAUGCAGAUGUGAUUUGUGUGGAAGACUGUUGGGAUUAUUAAUUAAGGCAGUCUCUAAAGGGUUGCUGUGGGUUGUGUGUGUGCUUUUUGAUGGGGACUGGUACAUGUGCUAUCAAAGACCAACUUAUCCCUGCAGAUACAACCCUGAUAAGACACCAUUCCAAGAAGACCUAGAUAAGCAAACUGAUAUCAAAGUGUUCUCCAUGGUUUACGGCUCUGGACUGGUUCUGUUUCUACUUGUUGGGAAUUCCAUUCUGACUGCAGUACCUUGGAGGGAUAUCUGUUGUAGAUCUUGCAAGGGUGUCAGACCUUAUCACAGGGAACUAUUUGAGGAGAAUAUUUGGGAAGAGACAGAAAUUCUUAUUGAAAAAGACUUAAAGAGAACAGCUCAGGAGAGUGUAGUUCUUAAAAGCAGAGGACUACUACCACCCCUUCCGAAUGCAGCCCAAGGAAACAUACAGGGAGGCAGCGACACCACCCAUCCUGAGGUUAAAGACAGAGUGAUCACCCUUAACAACCUUCAUUUUGACAUUAUAUCUGAUCUAGAUAAUGUUAUAAUUGAUCACAUCAAUACUAUGUACCAGAACCCUGACCCUAUCCCGAACAGGUUUGCAAAUCUAUGUUCUUGUAUAACAAGUGUCUCCUCAGGAAACAUCAGACAGCCACUAACAACUGGAACAGAACUCACUAACAUAAUCCCCUAACGAUGACAUUUUUGCUAACCUUGUAUAAUAAGUGUCUAAUCAGAAAACACCGAACAGGGAGAAGAACUCAGAGACAUACACAGCAGCAACAACUGAAACCAUACAAGAACAACCAUAUUCAAGUAACGAUAACAGAAGAAGUUGCCAGAUGCCACGAACUGAGAAAGGCCCUCCAACUGUGGUGUAAUAUUGGUAAAUGUUAUAAUAUAUAUUUUUCCAUCAAAUGUGUGAAAUGUCACAUAUUUGGUUAUAAUAUGUAAAAUGAUAUGGACAUUAAUACUAUCAUACACUGUAUGUGAACCAUUUGUGAAAACUAGUUUUCAGAGACCCUCUGUUUAUAAGGCAUCUUCUGCCUCACAAUAAACUGUGUUUCUGGUUAAGGUGGCAGCAGUAGUUUGGUACAAUACAACUAGAAGGGGUUAUAUGAGGGGAGCGAACAACUGUGGGUGAUAAACCUCAACAACGACCCUGUAUGAGCUUUCAUAAUGUCACAGGGUGGAAAUAUGAGCCGGGUGGCAAACAUGAGUCUGUUAGACCACAGUGAUGGUUGACAGAGCUGUUCUAGGUUAUCUUUAUUUCUAGACUAUAAACAAUAUAACCUUCAUUAAUGAAUAUGUGUUAAUAUAACCAGUGAAUUAUUGUUUUUGUCCUUGAUGCUACAAUUCAUAUGUUGUUACUAUUGAUUGUGUUCUGUCUUUAUGUCUACCUUUAACAAACAAUUAAGAAUAUAUAAUAAUACUAACAAUCUGUAUCUCCUCCUGUCUUCAAUGUACCACAGCUGUUCACUCUGCAAUACUACACUUGUUCACGCUGUUCAUUUUGAUACGUCUCUAAAAUUAAAAUAAUAGUUGUAUUUUUUCCUGUA